UUGACUCCGAGAGAAGGAAGACAUCGAAACGAAAACAGAGCGCGCAGCGUGUUGUUGUUGUUGUCACUCUCGAGGUCGUCUGCUUGGGAAGGCCAGCCGAAUGAAGCAGCCAAGAGCCAAUUCAUUCAGGGGUUCUUUGGAUGCAUGAAAGGAGAAGAAGAUGUCUGCCAGCUGCCCGCCACAGUCCCCGGCUGUUCCGAAGACCGAGAUUGCUAUUGAAGGGGAGUCCCCACUGUUGGCUGCUACAUUUGCCUACUGGGACAACAUCUUGGGUCCCAGGGUACGGCACAUUUGGUCCCCCAAGACUGAACAGCUUCUUCUGAGUGAUGGCGAAAUUACAUUUUUAGCCAAUCACACACUAAAUGGAGAAAUCUUACGAAGUGCCGAGUACGGUGCCAUUGACGUGAAGUUCUUUGUCCUGGCGGAGAAAGGAGUCAUUAUUGUGUCCUUAAUCUUCGACGGGGAAUUGAAAGCGGACAAAAACACCUGUGCGCUCUCCAUUAUACUGCCUCAGACGGAGCUCAGCUUCUAUUUGCCUUUGCAUCGAGUCUGUGUUGACAGGCUGAAGCACAUUAUUAGAAAGGGACGGAUAUGGAUGCACAAGGGUCACAGCAUCAUCUCCCUGCUGACAACGGAGAUUAUUCCGGUUAUGGAGCUGCUCUCCUCCAUGAAGUCUCACAGUGUUCCAGCGGAAAUCGAUUUAAAAGACACUUUGUUGAAUGACGAUGACAUUGGAGACAGCUGCCAUGAAGACUUCUUACACAAGGCCAUCAGUUCCCACUUGCAAACGUGCGGCUGCUCCAUGGUGGUGGGGAGCAAUCCAGACAAAGUUAAUAAGAUCGUCAGGACUCUCUGUCUGUUCCUGACUCCCACGGAGAGAAAAUGUUCCCGACUGUGCAGAGCUGAAUCUUCAUUCCGAUACGACUCUGGGCUCUUUGUGCAGGGCCUGCUGAAGGACAGCACGGGCAGCUUUGUUUUACCUUUUCGCCAAGUUCUGUACGCGCCUUACCCCACCACACACAUCGAUGUGGACGUCAAUACCGUCAAGCAGAUGGCCCCCUGCCACGAGCAUAUUUACAACCAGAGGCGCUACAUGAUGUCCGAGCUCACGGCACUGUGGAAGGCAACGUCUGAUGAAGAAAUGGCACCUGACACGAUCGUGCACGCCGAUGAAACGUUUACUCCAAAUCUUAACGUAUUUCAAGAUGUCGGCCACAAGGACACCCUGGUGAAGUCUUUCUUAGAUCAGGUUUUUCAGUUAAAGCCCGGCCUGCCACUAAGGAGUAUUUUUCUUGCUCAGUUCCUGCUUGUCCUUCAUCGUAAAGCACUAACACUAAUAAAAUACAUCGAAGAUGAAACGCAGAAGGGGAAGAAGCCAUUCAGGUCUCUUCGUAAUCUCAAGACAGACCUGGAUCUGACCACAGAGGGGGACCUGAACAUCGCCAUGGCACUGGCCGAAAAGCUCAAAGCGGGGCUGCACUGCUUUGUCUUUGGAAAGUCCUUCUACACGAGCGUUCAGGAACGAGAUGUACUGCUGAGUUUUUAAUGGGCACCUUCAGCUUCAGACGACGGGUGCACUCGAUGUGUUUAACGUGUGGCUUUUAUUGUGACAAAUGGCCACACGGGUACUGCUUUCAUUUUUUUGCACCUUCAGUUUUCUUCCUUAGGAUUGUUAGCUGUAUAUAGCAUGCUUGUUUGUAGGGGGAAGAGCCCAGAAUGACACUGGUAUGGCAUGAUGCCCACACAGUAACUCACAGCACUGAUACAAAGUGAGUCUUAAUGAAAAGAGAAAUGUUUUAGCCAAUAUUACAAAACGUCAUUGGCCUUGUGUAGGCCCCACUGGAGCUGAUAUUAGAAAUGCACCAAACUAUUAGGGUACGACAGGGAAAUACAGAAAGACGUUCAUUUCAAAUACACUCGGCUGGUUGAUGGCAAAUACGCGUGCUUUGGAUUCUCAAAACCUGCUCAUAGCAGCCAGCAGUUUUCUGCUCUAACGUCAAAUUCAACAUUUCAGGGUUUGCCAAAAAAAAAAAAAUAGCCCUGUGGUUGGAAUAGAAUCACCGUCAUAAAAGGGUGAGUGAAGGAGCUCGGGGUCAAGGCGGACCCCCACACUUCGGCUCUAACACAUCCAAAAACUCCGAAGGAGAAUUCGGUAAAGGGUCUCUACAAGAGGAGGCCAUGUGGGUUACAGAAACACAAUUCUUACAGCCUUAUUUCAUGGUGGCCUGUAUUUGAUUUGAUUUUUGUCUCGUGCGCCACAUGUAAAGAGGCCUGUUGGUCGGCUAGAUGUGUCUGGUGCGAUUAGGAGAGGCGUUCUUCAGGUUCUUCUUGCCCACCACAGGAUUUCAGUUUAAAUUCACAACUCCGGGUGACGGACGCUGGGGUCUUUUGUCGUGUUGCAUGUACUCGUAGUGGAUUGUGAAACCUGGACGUGUAAUUGUACGAGCUUGCUAUGAAAUCACUCGCACUGCCAUGUAUCGUGAUAGCGUAAUCGUCUGCUCGGCGUGUGCAGUUGAGGCCGUAAGUUUACAUCCACCUUGGCGAAAACCUUUCAAGCCUGCUAUUCGCCCAACUUCACAGCCAUCGUAUUGUUGAACCUUUUGAAACAAACGUCACUCAUCCCUGGGGAGUCCAUUGUGCCUUUUUAUAUUUUCUCAGAGAUGUACAGUAUGUACUUGUGGUACUUUGAACCUUUUGGAGAUGACGCCUAGGGAGGAAACCUGACUUGUGAAGACCCACAAUUCUCCUGACCCUCCUGACUCCGUUCUUUUGAUUUCUUUAUUGUCAUUGAGUUCAGGACAGGUAGGCCCUUCUCUACGGCCACAGGUGUCCUAGUCAGCCAUUCAUUGUGCCAGUGAGCAACUCAGAAGCUGCUGAGAGUCAUGACGUCAACUCCCAAAGUCGUCCAUGUGCUGUCAAUCUGCUGACCCAUUGCAAAUCUGGCUAGCUGCUUAAAAGCUCUCUGCCUCUUAAUGGUUCUUUUGGAGAAAAAGACGGGAAUCGUUUGGUUAACGCGACUUGUGUCAAGUUGGGGCAUUUUGAGUUUUUUUAGCCCGGGUGGAUGUAAAUGUUUGGCCUCCAUUGUAAACAUCGUGAGCAGUCAAAGUGUUUGCUCUUAAAUCUUAUUUAAAUUGCUACUGUUGAUUUCUUUAUUAAAUGUAAUGCCAGUAUUGGAUACCUCUGAAUCAGAGUCCGCGGCUGUCCUGUAAGGUGGCACAACGUUCUGGUGAGCAGCACUCUGUGCCAUUUGACAUCUUCUGUUGCUUUGGAAAUUUGCACAAUUAUUUUCUUUCUAAUGAACAGAAUUUGUGAAUAUUAAUUUUUGAUUGCCAUAGCUUUCAAUACAAAAAAAAGAACAGUGCCAUUCAAUGUACUGCUGACUCGAUUGUGAAUUUGUAAAUGUUUCUCAAAUCAGAUUGUGAGUAUGAACUCCAUGUUUUAUGUGUUUCAUUUGUCCUAAUGAACAAAUACAGUAAAUGUCCACUAACAGGCAAAAGUUUA